AUGAGACGAUUAGCCGCAUCCGCAUGUGUGCGACGCCGGCAGUCGUUCAGCGUCGACUGGAUUCAGAUCAUCAAAGCACCGACCAUCACCAAGAUGACCAAGACCAACACCGUGCACCCUCGCUUUACGAUGCUCUUUGUUCCGCUCUCGCGACCAUACGCGAUAAGAUACAACUGCAUGACCCACGAAACGAUAGCGAUCUAG